CGCCGUAUCUGCCCCGGCAUCCCGCUCGCCGAGCAGGAGAUCUUCCUUGCCAUCGCCGGUCUGCUCUGGGCCUUCAACAUGGAGCAGCUCCCCAACGAGCCCAUCGACCUGACCGAGUACGACGGUCUGUCGGGCCGCUCGCCCGUUCCUUUCCGCAUCAAGAUGACUCCCCGCGACGGCCGCGUCAAGGAGGUCCUUGCUCUCUAA